GCGGCUUGAGACACAACUGCCUAGCCGCUCGUCGUGUUAUUUCAUCUUUUAGUGCAGCAUCUGCUGGAGCAAGUACGAUCGGAAAAUAUUUCAAGUGCGAUGACAUUGUAAGACUUCGCGAAAGAGAGAACUAUUACAUUUGUUUCCGAAAAUGGGUGGACCAAACACCCCGAAACUUUUCAGUUUAUUCACUUUGAUGGUGAUAUGUUUCUUUGUGGGAAAUUUAUAUCAAAUUUCUGCUGAUUCUAAGAUCGAUGGAGAUUUAAUAUUUGAUAGCAAUGACAAACAUCCUAGGUUACUUAGACAUUUAUACAAAGAAGAUGUUGAAUCUAAACCUCCAGUGGAAGAACAUUGGCUUACUUCAACAGUAAAUAGAUUAAGGAGGAGUAUAAACAGCGUUUUUUCGAAAGAUACUCAUAAUGAGAAAUUGGACCAUCAUCACGUCGAAAAGAAGAGUAAUCAUCAUAGGACGAAGUUCAACGCUUUCAAAAAACCUAAGUUUGGCAGAAAACACAGAGAAGCAGAUGACGGAGAUAAAGAUUACGAUGAUGGCCAAUCGCAAUAUCAGGUUUAUUAUGAAUCUGGUAAUGCUCAGGAAGGACAAUUUGAAAACGAAGGUCAAGGCCAAAUCGAACAAGACGAAGAUGAAAGUGAAGACCAGUUUGAGAAUGAUUUAACACUAGGAAAUAACGAUAAUUACGCAGAUAAUGAUGGGUUUGCACCACUCAAGAUAGGUGAAGCUACGGAAGAUUCCAAUUACGAAAACGGAAACGACAAUGGUGACGAUAAUUAUUAUAAUAACGGCGAAGUUGAUACAGGACCAACUGAUGACGAAGAUAUCGGCGAAAUAUCUGGAGACAGAGAUUCUGAUUAUGGUUCAGGUGAUAUCGAUGAUCGUGAUUAUGACAACGUUCCUUCGACCACUACGUAUAGCGUUGAUCAAGGCCACCCAAGAAUAUACAGGGUCGCCUUUACUAUUCAAGAACCAUAUCAAAAUGAAUACCAAGACCGUAAUAGCCAACAGUUCAAGACUUUGGAACAAAGAAUCAAAAGAUCACUCGAAAAUGUACUUCAAGGCAUUCCUGGAGAACUUUUUAUAUCUGUAAUCAGCUUGGAGAAAUCUCAGGAUCUAUUCAAAAUUCGAGUAACAAUCGAUAUCGAUUUCGAAGGAAAUGCUGGAAGUGAUGAUAUAAAACGUGCCAUCUUCGAACCAAUUCACACUAAUCAUAGACUUGGCGAUCUUACAACUACGAAUCCAGAAGAUCUUAGAUUCAUUGAAUUCGGAGCCGAAGGCCCACAUUGUUCUGAAGACGAACUGAAAUGUGGAAGUGGGCAAUGCGUUGCUAAUAGUUUACGUUGUAAUGGCGUUAAUGAUUGUAAUGACGGUUCUGAUGAAGAAGGUUGUGUAUACGAACCACCCAAAACGGAACCCCCUGUAACAGAAUCCACAACACUGUACCAACCAAAUGAGGUAUUUGUUACUACAACGACAACUCAGGUUCCUGUUACUGAACCAGUAACUACUACCCCUACUACUACCAUAACUACAGAAAAACCUUCAACAACCACCACUACCACCGAAGCAACAACACCUUACGAAGAACCUGAACCACAAACUACAACAACUACAACAGCACCAACUACUACAAUUAAGUUGCCAGAUGAACCGGAACUACCUUUCAUUGAUAGUGGUAGUGGUGCCGGAGAAUGUCGUGCAGAUGAUUCUGUUAGAUGCUCAGACGGAUCCAGAGUUAUUUGUGCUGAUCAAGUAUGCGAUGGAAUAGAAGAUUGCGACAACGGAGCCGAUGAAGAUAAUUGUGGCAGUGCCGAGUGUCGCCAAGGCGAGUUCAAAUGUGAUGUGUACAGAUGCAUCCCAAUAUCACAACAUUGUGACGGCAAAGCUGACUGCACUGAUGGUACCGACGAACAUAAUUGUCAAAAAGAAUGUAAUGACCAGGAAUUCGCUUGUGAUGAUCAAUGCCUAUCGCUUGAGAGACGAUGUGAUGGUAUCAGGGACUGCAUGGAUAAUACCGAUGAAACCAAUUGUCCAGAACAACAGUGUCUUCCUCCUUACUUCUACUGUGGAAGAGGAGAUAUAUGCAUUCCCGAUUACUUAGUUUGCGACGGCCGUUCAGAUUGUAAAAAUAACGCAGAUGAAAGCAAUUGUACUUCUGCAGGUGAUCGAUGUAGAGCUGACCAAUUCAGAUGCGGGAACGGCCAAUGUAUACCGAAAUCCUUGGUAUGCGAUCGAAAAUACAAUUGCGAAGAUUUAAGUGAUGAAAGAAAUUGUCCAUGUCUCAAGGAUGAUUUUAGAUGUGAAAACGGAUUCUGUAUCCCACAUGCUCAAAGAUGCGACGGUAUUCAUCAAUGUCAGGACCGUUCUGACGAAGUAGGAUGUAACGAAACACAUUGCGAACCGCAUCAGUUUAGAUGUAAUGACGGAUCAUGUAUAGAUCAGAUUUUCCGUUGUAACCUCAAACAUGAAUGCCCGGACGGUUCCGAUGAAAUCGGUUGUAAUCAAUGCCUGCGUGAUCAAUUCAGGUGUAGUGAUGGCACCUGUUUGAAUUUCGAUAAAAUAUGUGAUACUGUUUCCGACUGUUUACACUCUGAGGACGAGGAGCAAUGUGGACACUGCAAGUCUGAUGAAUUUUUAUGCGCAAAUGGACAAUGUAUCGAUUCAAAAUUGCGCUGCAACAAAGUUUAUGAUUGUUCUGAUCAGUCUGAUGAAGCAAAUUGUAACGGACAAACACUAGUUUGCAUCCCUAACACUUGGAAAUGUAAGAAUCAAAGAAGGUGUGUGAAAAUAAAUCAGGUUUGUGAUGGAAAGUAUGAUUGCGAAGAUCGUAGUGAUGAACAAUUUUGCGAUGGAGCCGCAUAUACCAAGAAAACGGAAGGUUCGUGUACACAAGGUUACAUUCAGUGUAAAGAAGGUAAUUGCAUUGAAGAUUACAAACGAUGUAACGGUUAUGUCGAUUGUGAAGAAACAGGCAGUGAUGAAGAAAACUGUGCCAUAGACACCACUAGUCCUACAAUCACUACUACUACACUUUCAUCAGUUAGGGUUUGUCAGCCUGACGAAGUACUUUGCGCCGAUGGGACCUGUAUCUUUGGUAAAAAAUGUGACCGAACUAUAGAUUGCAAAGAUCGAUCAGACGAAAUGGGUUGUACCGGUUUUUGUGAUAUCACAGAAUUCCAAUGUGGUAAUGGUUAUUGUAUCUCGGACAAAUUGCGAUGUGACGGUCUCAAAGAUUGUCUUGACAAUUCCGAUGAAGAAAAUUGUGUUAAUACCUGCCCUAAUGGUCAAUUCCGUUGCGAAAAUGGUAUUUGUUUGGAUUCAAAAAGACGCUGCGAUGGUUAUCCAGAUUGUCCUGAAGGAUCUGACGAAGAAGGAUGUUCCGGUGCUCAAAAUAAAACGUCCAGCUGCGACAGCAACCAAUUUGAUUGUGGAGACCAUUGUAUACCUAUCACUUUCCGUUGUGAUACUUACCCGGACUGUGUAGAUGGAUCGGAUGAAGAAGGAUGUGGUAACUGCAGAGAGAGUGAAUUCCAAUGUUCUGAUCACACCUGCAUUCCUAAGAGUUUACAAUGUGACGGUAAUUCCGAUUGUGCUGAUAAUUCAGACGAAACAGAUUGCGCUGAACCAACAAGUCCUCCCAGAUGUAACUCCAGACAGUAUCAAUGUAAUGAUGGAAGCUGCAUUGACGAUUUUAGACAAUGUGAUGGCAAUGCUGACUGUCCUGAUAAUUCAGAUGAAAGCGACUGUUCAAUUUGUCCCAGUAAUCAAUUCCAAUGUAAUAACAAUUUCGACUGUAUUCCCAUGAAUUUACGUUGUAACGGCAAAAAUGAUUGCAAUGAUGGUUCUGAUGAAUAUAACUGUCCAACUGAACGUCCUACUUCUCCUCCAGACACAACACCACGCGGUCUCAACUGCCCAUACGGUAUGCAACCAUGCAAAUCUGGAGAUAAUUGCGCUAAAUAUUGCGACGGAAGAGUCGAAUGUUACGACAUGUCAGAUGAAACGGAUUGUUCUUUCAAUCCUCAAGAGCUUGAUUUAAGAACUUAUCCAAAUGGCACUGAAGAGAGAGAACACAUGUAUAAAACUGGGCAAGAAGUUGUAUUAACGUGCAGAGACGAAGGUCCUCUUCGAGCUAAAGUUCAAUGGACUAGAGCUAACGGAGCUCCAUUACCACCGGGCUCAACAGAUAUUAACGGUCGUCUUACUAUUCCGAAUAUACAAUUAGAACAUGCGGGAACAUAUCUUUGCGUUGCCGUUGGAUUCCCAGCUGACAUUUCAAGAACAAGAGUUGCUGUACCUCUCACUGUACUUCGAAGACCUCCGCGACCAACACUUCCACCUUCAGGAUGUAGUUCAACACUUGAAGCUACUUGCUCCAACGGCGAUUGUAUUCCAAAAUCGAAAAUUCGCGAUGGCCGAUUUGACUGUACCGAUGGUUCCGACGAGGAUGGAUAUAGACCAGAAGGGUGUGAACCGAAUGAAUUCAAAUGCAGAAACGGAAAAUGCAUCUACAAAGCUUGGACUUGUGAUUCAGAUGACGAUUGUGGUGACAAUACCGACGAAGAAAACUGUGGUACCAACCCACCUGGCUCAGUAUGCCAAUACCAUCAAUUCUCUUGCCAUUCCAAUAAUCAAUGCAUUCCAAAAACCUAUCACUGCGAUGGUCAAAGUGAUUGUGUAGAUGGUAGCGAUGAAGUUGGUUGUGGUAAACCAGUAAUAUCAAAACCACCUCCUCCAAUGGUUAACCUAAACGUAGGUGAUAUAUUCCAAAUAUCUUGCACUGCCAUAGGCAUUCCUACUCCAGAAAUAGUGUGGCGUCGUAAUUGGAAACACGUUCCCUCGAAAUGUAGAAUGACAAGCAGUAACGGUGUCGGUACCUUGAUUUGUGAAAAUAUUCAGAUUGAAGAUCAAGGAGCUUAUACUUGUGAAGGACUUAAUAUUAAAGGCGCCAUUUUGGCUGUACCUGAUACUAUUUUGGUUGUCAAACAAGAUAAUCCCUGCAGGCAAGGAUACUUCAAUGCGCAAGCUAGAAGUGAAGGAGAAUGCAUUUCAUGCUUCUGUUUUGGUCAUACUAGCAUCUGUAGAUCCGCUGAUCUAUUCACAUUCCAAUUCCAGCCUCCCUUUGAUGCUCUCAAAUACGUUGGAGCACGAGUAGAUCCUUCAGGAUCCGUGGAUAUAAGAGACGAACCUAUAUAUACUGCAGGAGAACCACAAUUAUCUCCUUAUGGACCUCAAGGUGUGCUAGCCACAGUACCAGAAGGCUCCCAGUUGAACCAGUUAAACGUUAUUCCAUAUUUUGCCAUGCCAGAAAAUUAUCGUGGUAAUCAACUCAAGAGCUAUGGAGGAUAUCUCACCUAUUGGAUCAGACACUCUAAUAGAGGAACACCACUACAAGGACCUAAUGUUAUAAUUACAGGUAAUGGAUACACUUUACUUCACGUAUCUACUCAUUCUCCUGCUCCAAAUUCUGAUGAACGGAUGCGAGUACGCUUCUUCGAAGGUGAAUGGGUCGAAAGGUCACCCAAUUCCCGUGAAAAGAUCGCAACUAGGGAAGAAAUCAUGAUGGCUCUUGAAAACGUUGAAAACAUCCUCAUCAAACUCCAAUACAAUGAAGGAACUUUGAAUACUACCAUAAAUAAUGUCGAAAUGGAUUCGGCCGGUUUGUCCAAUGUUGGAUUAGGACCAGCUAAUUAUGUUGAAGAAUGCAGUUGUCCCGUUGGAUACUCUGGAACCUCUUGUGAAAAAUGUUCUGCUGGUUAUAUAAGACAAAGUAACGGACCUUGGUUAGGACUAUGUACCAAAGAACCUGUGAAAUGCCCACCAGGAAUGUAUAACGAUGGAAGAGAAUGUCAAAUAUGUCCUUGUCCUCAUACUACUCCAGGAAACCAGUUUGGAAGAUCCUGCCAACUCGCUCCUAACGGUGAAGUAAUAUGUAAUUGUCCACCUGAGUAUGUAGGUAAUAGAUGCGAAAAAUGCGCACCUGGCUACCAAGGCAACCCGUUGGUCUCUGGUGAUUAUUGUAAACCAAUACCAUCACCAGCACCUUACUGUGACGUUGCCGGUUCUCUCGAUUCCAGACCAGACCAAUAUGGACGUUGUCGUUGCAAGAAUUUGGUUGAUGGUCCCACUUGUAACCAAUGUAAGGCAAAAUCAUUCCAUCUGAGUAGCUCAAAUCAAUUUGGUUGCGUCUCCUGCUUCUGUAUGGGUAUAACUUCCCAAUGUUCCAGCUCUAAUUGGUAUAGAUCACAAGUUUCAACAAUUUUCGUCUCAUCCCGACAAAAUUUCGCACUAGUCGAUAACUUUAAUAGAGAAACUCCAAUAACAGAAGGCAUAAUAUUAGAUUCACGAGAUCGACAAAUAUCGUAUAGUGGUUUUAGAACUUCGGAUGUUUAUUAUUGGUCACUACCUUCACGUUAUCAAGGAAAUAAACUGACAUCCUACGGCGGUUAUUUAAGAUACUCUCUACGUCACAAAUCAAUACCAGGUGGUCAAAGUUCUAGAAAUAAUGCGGCAGAUGUGGAGCUUGUCAGCAAAAACAAAAUCAAUUUAUUGUAUUACAAUCGCAACCAAACUCAACAAAACCCCAACGGCGCGCAAACUUUUGCAGUUCCAAUUUUAGAGCAGUACUGGCAACGUAUCGAUGGUCAAAUCGCUGAUAGAGCACACCUUCUGAUGGUAUUAGCUGAUCUUGAAGCCAUUUAUAUCAAAGCUACAUACUUUACUAAUACACAAGAAUCAUCGUUGAUUUCUGUAUCGUUGGAUAUUGCCACCGAACAAAAUACAGGUUCUAAUCAAAGAGCUGUCGAAGUUGAACAAUGUCAUUGUCGUGAAGGAUACACAGGUUUAUCUUGUGAAAAUUGUGAUGUAGGUUAUACCAGAACACCAAGUGGACUUUAUCUCGGGCUAUGUGAAGCUUGUGAUUGUAACGGAUAUUCUAAUGAAUGUGAUCCUGAUACCGGAAUUUGUUUAAAUUGUAAAGACGGUACCACCGGAGACUACUGUGAUGAGUGCUUGCCUGGAUACACUGGAGAUCCAAGUAAUGGAGUACCCUGUAGGUACAGAGGAACGCCUCCACCGUGUUACUGUGAUCCACGGGGAUCCCUCUCGUCCGAAUGCAGAGAUGGCAGGUGUUCUUGCAAAGUUAAUGUGGAAGGUAACAACUGUGACCGAUGCCGAAUCGGUUCUUUCGGUCUUAACGCCAGCUCCAUCGAUGGUUGCGAAUUCUGUUUCUGUUCUGGCAUAUCCUCAGAAUGUAUCGAAAGUAAUUUGUACCGUGAGCAAAUCCCUUACCAAAUCACAGCAGGAAAUCACGGUUUCACUAUCACUGAUCAAUUCUUACGUCAUAGAAUAACUGAAAACUUCGACAUUAACGAAUAUAUGAACGAAAUCAGCCACGGAUUUUUGCCUAGUAAUAGAGAAACAAUGUAUUGGUCGUUGCCUGCAACAUUUACUGGAAAUCAAAUUAAAUCGUAUGGUGGAAAUUUGGAAUAUUCUCAGAGAUAUACUCAGAGACCACAAGCCAAAUACAUUCCUGACAAGGACGUUAUCAUUAUCGGUAAUGGAAUCACAAUAUUCUGGUCUCAUCCUACUGAACAACGUCAAGACAUCGUUAACCCAGUUUCAGUUAAAUUGCAUCCAACAGCCAAUUGGUUCCGUUUAGAUCGUAAUCAAGGCUCUAGACCAGCUUCUCGUGAAGACAUUCUUACAACUCUUGCUAAAAUUGAUGCCAUUCUGAUUCGAGCAACUCAAUCCAGUGAUACUGGUACAGCAUAUUUGAGUGAUAUUACUUUGGAUACUGCCGUGGAACAAAACACCGGUAACGCUAGAGCCAGCAGCGUCGAAGUGUGUAGGUGUCCUCAAGGCUACGAAGGUACAUCCUGCGAGUCGUGCGAUGCUGGGUACUAUAAAGAUAGAACUUUCGACGAAUCACGUCCAUUAGGAUCUUGUACAAAAUGCCCUUGUAACAAUAACGAAGAAAGUUGUGAAUUGGGACCUGAUUACCGGGUAAUUUGCCAAUGCAAACCGGAAUAUACAGGCAGAAAUUGCGAAUUUGAGGUAAAUAUCACAACGACUGGUAUCGAAAUGGAAAUAUCACCCUCUGAAGUAGUGGCUCCAAUCGGCAAACAAGUAAAUUUUUCUUGUAAAUUUCGAAAACCAUCCGCUCCGGAUCUCUAUAUAACGAUUGAAGGUUUAAACGUUUACGAUAUCGAAAUCCGAAGGUACUCAGGAGGUGCUGAGGCAAAUUUCACGAAUAUCGUGAGUUUUAACAAGGAAAUUAUAAGAUGCGUUGUUAGGAAUGCGCAACGAACGGAGAUUGGCAGUAUAAACGUCUAUGUUUCUCCAUCAGUUGGAUUUGUUACUACAACGGAAUAUCCAGACGUACCAACAACAACUAUGUCUAAUAGAGUAACAAUAGACGUUACCAUUGAAGAUACCAACAUUGGAAUCUAUGAAAUUGGUAGCACUGUUAGAUACAAUUGCUCAGCUAGAUCUCUUUUAUCAGCAAGACCUGUUCGAAUAAAUUGGAGAAAAGCUGAUGGAGACUUACCAUCUCGAGCUAUUGACGAAGGAAACGGUAUUUUAGUAAUCACCGAUCUAAAAGCAUCAGAUUCUGGAAGAUAUGUAUGUGAAGCAAGUGAUGGAUAUACCAUAGUUACAUCAAGUGUGGAUUUGAAUGUGGGAGUUCCACGAGAACAAAAACCAAGAGUGGCAAUAUCACAACCUUACGUAGAUGUGAAUGAAGGACUUCCUGUAGAAAUCCAGUGUGUCGGAACUGGAGUGCCCACUCCCGACGUUAGUAUCGUUAGAGCAGAUGGUCAACAACUAAGCCCAGGACAGCGUUUCGAAAACGGUGUAUUCCGCAUUUACCAAUCCCGUUUAUCAGAUUCUGGAGACUACAACUGCAUAGCUUCGAAUCGUGUAGGCACUGACUACGCAAGAUUUACUGUAACUGUUCACGAAGUUCAAGAUCGUAUAGUCCAAGUAGACAUAUCUCCUUCAACUUUCUCAGGAGCCCCUGGAGAUACGGUUAUGCUGAGAUGCUCAGGCACACCUUUCGGACAAAUCAUAAAGUGGAGCAAACAAGGAGGUGAUCUUCCUUAUAAUUCCGUCGAGGAGAGAGGGAAUUUGAUUAUUCGUAAUGCUGCACCAGAAGACUCUGGUGUUUACAUUUGUACCGUUACAGCAACAACAGGCACCAGAGGUUUUAACAGGGCUACAGUUACAAUUACCGGGAGCCAAGAGGGUCGUUUCCCCACUGCUGCAGUUUCCGUUGAUAAGAUUACUUUAAACCAGGGUGCAUCUUCUGAGAUACAGUGUAACGCUACAGGCGUACCACCACCAUCUGUACAAUGGACAAGGCUUGGAGGGGAACUCGGUCGUAACGCAAAACAAUAUGGAUCCACUCUCCGCAUCACUAAUGCCGAAGUAGAAGAUCGUGGAGUGUAUGUUUGUGUAUCUACCAAUGUCAACGGACUUGCUCAAGCAACUGUCGUAGUAGAAGUUAUACGUUUGGAAGCUCCUCGACUUGAAAUUUACCCUAGUAUUAGUCAGACCGUGAUUGCUGGAAAUAGUGCAGUUUUACAAUGUAGAGCUGUAGCUGGAAUUCCAACGCCGGAAGUAUUCUGGAGUAGAGAGAAUAAUUUACCACUGAGUUCAAAUGUUGAGGAAAUGGCCGGAGGUGCUUUGAGAUUCACACAAAUUACUCUAUCAGAACAAGGUGAAUACAUAUGUACUGCUAAUAACGAAGCAGGUUCAUCGACUGCUACAGCUCAAAUUAUCGUUCACAUACCUCCGGAUGUUAUAGUUACUCCACGACAAGAGGUGAUUACCAGGGGUAUAGGAGACCAAUUACGUCUUGAAUGCGAAGGUACUGGAUUGCCAUUACCUGCGGUUUCGUGGAUUAAACAAGACGAAUAUAGUUCUAGUCGUUCAUACGGGAUACAACCUCAAGCAUUAACAAAUAAAGCUUAUCAAGAAUUUACUCGUCUCACUAAAGAAGAUGAGGGUGUGUACUUAUGCAAAGCUGAAAGUAGUGCUGGACUUGCUUCAAGACGUGUUCAGUUAGUAGUGGAUGUUUUACCAAGCAGAGGUGACAUUACCGGUCGGCCAUCAACAGGUGAAGAUGCAACAUCCUCUGGUAAUGGUGAUUGGAGAGAUAAUGAACCAUCAAGACCUCAUUUCACAACAACAUACAGACCCCCGUAUCCCACUCAUGAUCAAGAAUUCACAGUAGCUCUAGGCGGAAGGGCCGAGCUAGAGUGCAGAAUAGGAAAUGCAGAAGGUUCCUCCCUCGAUAUAAGGUGGUCAAGAACUGAUGGUAACCCAUUACCCAGUAGAUCUAUUCAACGGAAUGGUGUUUUGUACAUUGAUAAUGUAGAACAAGAAGCCCAAGGAGAAUACAGAUGCUCCGGUUACGAUUCAUCCGGACGAGCUAUAUUCAGCGUCAAUCCAUAUCUUACGGUUAUCUUUCCGCCAAGAAUAACGUUGGUUCCUCAACGUCAAGUGGUACAUCCUGGGGAACACGCUUACAUAAAUUGCAGCGCUAGUGGAGAUCAACCCAUUGAAAUAUCGUGGUCACCUAUGGGUCGUGAUAUGCCUAACUCAGUUUAUACCAGAGAUGGUUACAUACGUUUCAAUAAUAUUCAACUUCAAGAUGCUGGUCGAUAUUUGUGCACGGCCAUCAACAGAGCCGGUAAAGCUGAAGCUGUAGCUGAUGUUAUCGUUGAAGAAAACGUUUCAAGACCUGCCAUUAAAGCCGAACAAAAACAACAACAAGCUCCAAUCGGUACAAACGUUAGCUUACGCUGUAGAGUCACCAAUCCUAAUUUCGCUAACACUGUGAGAUGGUUUAGAGCAGGGCCCCAACUUCCCUAUGGUGCUCGAGAAGAUGGGGAACUCUUAUAUCUCAGAAAUGUGAGACAAGAAGACCAGGGAAGGUAUUAUUGUGAAAUCCAAACUAAAAAUGGUACUAUCAGUGACUACGUUGAUUUAAUUUUAACAGCACGUCGAUGGAAUUGCCAAGAGGGAUAUUGGUCAUGUAAAAAUAAGAUUUGUAUACCGGAAUAUCUCUGUUGUGAUGGGAAGGACGAUUGUGGAGAUUACAGCGACGAAAUGGAUUGUUCAAACAGGAAACGACGGGGACCUGCACCACCAACAAGACCACAAGAACCCCAAUAUACAAUUACUUUCAAUCCACCAGAAGCAGAACACUAUGUAGGUGAAGAUAUUGAAGUAUACUGUCAAUCCUCUGAAAGAGGAGCUAUCACCAUGUGGUCUAAAAUUUCGGGGCCUUUGUCGGACAACGUGAUCAGUGUAAAUACUGUUUUGAGGAUUGCUAAUUUGAGUCCCCAAAAUCAAGGUGUUUACAGAUGUGAAGCAACUGGAAGACUAUCCACUUAUUACAAAGAUUAUAACUUAGUUGUAAUUGACGAUCAGUUUAAAGACCAACCUCCUCUACAAACAAAAGAAGCAGCAAGAGGAUCAACAGUUCAGUUAGAUUGCAAAGCAAAUUUCGACGCUACUGAAUACGUUUGGAGCAAACAAGGAGGAGAAUUACCAAGAGAUGUCAAUGAAUUUUCUAAAACCAUCCAACUUAACGACGUAGAUAGCUCAGACGCUGGUGUGUACACAUGUACUGCCAGUAAUAGUGAACAAUCUAUGGAUAUCCCAGUAAUUCUUGUUGUUACUGACAUAGUACCAUACUUUACACAAGCUCCCAACAGCUACAUCACUAUUCCAACUUUAUCAGAUUCUUACAUGCAAUUUGUGUUCGAAAUUUCCUUUAAACCACAACAAGACACCGGUUUAAUCCUAUACAACGGAGAGAAAGGAAACGAUAGAAGUGGAGAUUAUAUAGCACUCUCUUUAGUAGGAGGAAUACCUGAAUUCAAAUUUAAUUUGGGAGCCGGCACCACUAUAGUUAGAGCAGAAAGGCCUAUUACUAUUGGAGAUUGGCAUACUAUAAAAAUUUCAAGAAAUAGAAGGAAGGUUACCAUGUACAUAGAUGGAGACGGUCCAAUUGUAGGUGUAGCUGAAGGCAAAUAUACUGGAUUAGACUUAACAGAGCCCAUGUUUCUGGGAGGAGUACCUAAUGUUAAUGGUAUUUCACGUGAAGUUUUAGGAUAUGAACAAUACCACGGAUUUGUAGGUUGUAUUAGUCGUUUAAAAAUAGGACAUUCUCAUUUGGACAUUUUGCGGGAAGCCUUGAAUAAAACUGGAAUAACAACGUGCGAAUCUUGCAGUGAAAGUAAAUGUCAAAAUCAAGGUGUCUGUCAAGAAGCUUUAUCCAAAGAAGGUUACAUGUGUAUAUGCUCAUCAGGCUACAGCGGUCCAACUUGCAGUAAACUGAAAGGAGAAGCUUGCUCACCACAUGCAUGUGGAAUCGGAAGAUGUAUUGAUACAGAUAAUAGUUUUGAAUGCCAAUGUCCCCUUGGUCGUGCUGGACGUAGAUGUCAAAGAGAAAUCACAGUAAUAGAACCAGCGUUUCAAAAUGAUGCUUACAUUGCUUACCCCACACCAAAACCGGCAAGAAAAUUAAAACUAACAUUGAAAAUAAAACCUAAUACUUUAGAAGAUGGUAUUCUGCUCUACUGCAGUGAAAGUGAAGAAGGAUACGGCAAUUUUAUUAGUUUGGCAAUCAAAGACAGACACUUGGAAUUCAGAUUUGAUGCAGGGAACGGUGCAACGGUAAUAAGGGAUGAAACUGACUUAAAACCAGGCGAGUGGCAUGUUCUCACAGCAACUAGGUCUCUCGGUGAAGGCAGACUCAUGAUUGACGGACAAGCACCAGCUAUUGGAAGGUCAACAGGUAACUACAAGACCAUAAAUCUCCAAACGCCACUAUUCGUCGGAGGUUACGAUAAACACCACAUUAAAAUAAACGAUGGAGUACAAGUUUAUUCUGGAUUUAACGGAUGCAUUGGAGAUAUCAAUCUUUCGGGUAUUGAUGUUAACUUGAUUCAAAACAUAACCGAUUCCGCCAACGUCAGAGAUUGUAACGCUGAAGAAGAUAUUGAUAAUAAUAUCUCUGAUAGUAACACGGAAAGACCUUUCAGACACGUCAGUUGUUCAAAUAAUCCAUGUCAAAACAACGGACAAUGCUACCCACUCUCACCAACAACAUACCAAUGUGCUUGUGCAGCAGGUUUUACUGGACAAAAUUGUCAAACUGCCGAAAAUGUAUGCGAACCGAACCCAUGUCAAAAUCAAGGUACCUGCAUUUUGAAGAAUACUCACUAUGAAUGCGAUUGUACUCUUGGAUUUACAGGACGCAACUGCGAUCAAGUAACGGAAAUACGCAACGACGCCCAUUUUGAUGGAAAUGGUUAUCUAGAAUUUAACAGAGAUCUUCUAGCUCAUCGCGACGGAGAACAGGAAGUAAUCGCAUUAGAAUUAUCCACUAACCAAUCAAACGGACUCAUUUUCUGGCACGGACAAACUCCAAGCUCUAGUGGAUAUGGUAACAAUUAUAUAGCUUUAUCAAUUGCCAACGGUUUCCUGGAAUACAGCUUUGAUCUAGGGGACGGCCCAGCCAAUGUUAUAAACAACAAACGACGAAUCGACGACGGGAACCGACACAGUGUCAUCUUGAAACGUGACGGUAAAAGAGGUUCAAUAGAAAUAGACAACAGUUGGACUCAAGAAGGAGAUGCUCCUGGUACAUCAACAUCGUUGAACGUCGAAGGAAAUAUCUACAUUGGAGGAACGCCGAAUAUCUCCAGGAUGACGGGCAAUAAGUUUUCACGAGGUUUCAACGGAUGCAUCCAUGGUUUUGAAUUGCAAAAUACCCAAAGAUUAGAUUUAGGAAUUAAAGCUAUCAAUGGUCUGAAUGUCAGGCCCUGCUCUAGCUUUUCAGGCCGAGACAUAUGGUUGAAUGAUCUGGUAAAUUGAAGAAAGAACCCCUAGAUUAGAUAAAACGCUGUCGUCGUUAAUAAAUACUUAAUUUUGUAUAUUUCACACCCCAUCGUGUUCACUAUUUUGUGUUCAUAUUAAAGUUGCACAUAUAAUAUUGAGAUUAUACUAAUUUGAAUAGCUCGAUAUUAUAAAGCUGUAUUUCACCAUUUCCUGCUUCUUGUGUUAAUAUUAUAUUAGCUUCAAUUUCUUCGGAAUACAGCCUUUGUACAUUUUUUAUAUGUUAAUACUGCCAUUUUUCCAGUUCGUUUACUUUUUUUACCGUUUUUUAUGUUUUAUUUUUUCAUAUAAUAGUUGAUGAGAAAAAUAUCGUGCCAUUUUACAUAAUAGUCUAAGUGAAAAAGAAAUUUAUGACUUGAAGUCAAUCCAGUAAAUAUUCCUUUUUCUCUACUUUUAUUUUUAUGGUGCUACUGCUUCGAAAAGAACUACAUGCAAAACACAAAUAAAAUUUAUGAAACAACUUCAUCCAGAUUUUCUUACCACAAUUAUUUCUAUUUAUAUCUUUAGCGGGUUUUAUUUCGCCAUAAACGGAAUUCAUAUUUCUGUGUUCACUUCUAUUUAUGUAAGACUUAGAAACUAAACUUAUUCCAUUCACUAGAAGCUUUGCUAAAAUUCUAGUUUCUAAAAAAUUGUCUACUAUUGGUUCUCAUUCUCAUUCUGUCUUCUGUUGUUGAUUAAGGGAGCAUUCAUUGAAUUUGAAAAUUUUCCAAUCAAAAAAUCCGUUAUACAUUGUUUUUUUAUAAAAUCCAUUGUAUCCAAUAUCUUUCAUAAAAAAAAAUCGAUUGUUACACAAUAUAAAAAUAAUUCAUUUCAAUCUUUCCAUACCUAUGUUGAAGUUAUAUUUUUUGUGUUUUGCAAGUUUCUAUGUUCGAAAUACGUUUUUGUUCCGCGUAUGAUGAUAAAAUUAUUUAGUACUUACGUUUAAAAGAAAAUUUUUACAAUGUGAUUUCAAAAACGAAACGAAAACGUAUCAGCAAUGGUGAUUAACAAUACAGAAGUAGGUAUAGGCUAUUAAAAAACAAAAAGAUAUUUUAUAAUUGCUUAUUAUUUCUCUCUAGAUAACUCAUUGUUCUUAAAAACAUGUAUAUUACUCAAAAAAAAUAAUAUAAAAAAAAAUGUCUAAACUUACAUUCAGAAAUUUGGAAGAAAAUAUUACCUGAAAAUGCAGUCUUUUAAUUCGUUGUUCGAGAAAAAUGCAUUCUCAAUAAAUACAGACAAUAAAUAUGAUAAAUGAACAUA